AAAAGUUACUUUUCUCUUCUGUCCCUACCAGUGGGAAUCUGGGACUAGUCAUGAAACUAGGGAUCUGUUUUGGGUUACGUGGCUUAACGACUGCAAAGUCGAGUGAGCCUAUUACGUGCUUUAUUAAUUUUGUUAGAUCCAUUAUCAGGUUUUGAUACGUCAGGCCGAGCAGUCCACCCCCCCUACCUCCCCCCGAUACAUACAUACAUACAUUAGUUCUUUGCCGAGAAUGGCAGUGAUGCAUUCGCAUACGUACUCUGACAACUGGCUUUCAUAGUGAGGGUUUUGCAGACUGUUGCAAGACAUUUACCAUGGCUAUAUGAGGAUACCAGAUUUAGUUUGGGGUUCGUCUGAAAUUGCAUAUUGUACUCCUGGUGUAGGAAAGACAACCCUGGGUAAAGAGCUUGCAACAAGAGUAGGGGCAACAUAUAUUAAUGUGGGUGAUUUAGCGAAAGAAGGGGAAUUAUAUGAAGGCUUUGAUGAGGAAUAUGAAUGCCCAAUUUUGGAUGAAGACCGAGUAAUUGAUGAAUUAGAAGACAAAAUGAAUGAAGGUGGAGUUAUUGUUGAUUAUCAUGGCUGUGACUUCUUCCCAGAACGCUGGUUUCAUAUAGUAUUUGUACUUCGCACCGAAAACUCAUUUCUGUAUGAUAGACUUGAAAGCAGAGGGUACAAAGGGAAAAAACUACAGGACAACAUCCAAUGUGAGAUUUUUCAGACUAUUUAUGAAGAGGCAAUGUCAUCUUACAAGGAAGAAAUUGUACACCAGUUGCCUAGUAACACACCAGAGGACCUGGAGCGGAAUUUAGAUCAGAUUAUACAGUGGAUUGAGCAGUGGAUGAAAGACAACAACUGAAAUAUGAAGGAGAAGGAAAAGGAACAUAUUGGACUCUUUUUUCCAGGAUAUUCUGGCUGUUCAAUAAAUGAAAUUUGUAUUUGUGGCAUGGUAAACUAACCUUUUUUAGUCACUAAAAUGCAAUCGAACAAUAAGAAUUUUUUCAUCUGAGAAACUGAGGAAUUCUAAUAAUGAUUGAUAAUAAUGGAUAAUCUUAUGUAUUUAAAGUGUAAUGCUAGCCAUUGAAGAAUGGAUUUCGUACUGAGAGAAACUUGAAUCUUUAUUCAUAAAAUGGUUAUAGAGGAAGUCAGGUGCACACACAGUAUUCUUACAUUUGAGAAAGCAGUAGACUACAAUGGAGUGAACCUAUAUAUUUGAAGGCUUAUGUUCAUGGUAGGUAUGUGAAAUGCAUGACUUUCAUGAGCUGCUGUUAAAUAUUUAAAUAUUUUAAAACAGCAUAAGCCUCUUUGUAGUAUAAAGGUGCAUAUCCUCAAAUAUUUUCUCAUAAGAUAAUAAAAAUAAAAUAAUCAGCUGUUUAUUUUAAAGUUUUUGUGAACAGAAAGUUGAAAGAAGCAGCAGUACAUCAUUUUGUGGAAAAGGGAAUGUGAUUUAUUGUUUGGGGACAGGUCUAAGGGUUUGUCUACACUGCAAGGUUAUUUCGGAAUACCAGAGGUUUACACAAGCUGCUCAUUACUUGGAAAUAUUUUUUGAAAUAA